GUUCUCCGUCCGGAUCAGUGCAUUCAUUGUCACGUUUGAGUAACACUAGGCCAGAAGCUUUGACACCGACGUCAUUCGUGAAACCAUCACCCUUGCCUUUACUGACGUCAGACAAAGCAUGUUUUCACUUUGCGAGAUCAGGAACGUGCCCGAAGGGUGAUAUGUGUGCUUUCAAGCACGAUGCUAACAUAAUUCCGGCAAACUUUGUCAAGCAUUUCGAUCCCAAAUCACACCCUAGCUAUCGGACGAAGCCCUGCUACGCGUGGCUCUACGGGAUAUGCCAGAAAGGGGAAGAAUGCACCUUCAAGCACGAAAGACCUACCACUCCUUCCGAGGUCCCCACUGUCGCGUCUACCUCUAAUCCGGGCGAUCCCUCUCAACUCCCGCCUAAUUAUCGCACGAGCGAUUGUAAGUGGUUCAACUCCCCUGGCGGGUGCUGGUACGGAAGCACUUGCAAAUUCAAGCACUCAACUCCCUCUGAGACUGCAUCGACGAAGGAAGAUUCCAAACAUCCUUUCUAUCGAACUCGCCCUUGCACCUUCUUUCUGCGUGGAGCAUGCCCAAAGGGCGAUAACUGCAACUAUCUCCAUGAUGACUCUGUCAAAAACUGCAAGGGGGCGUCCAUGAUCGGUUCCUCUGUCCUUGUCACUUCUCCUAAAACUGAGAAGCUAAAUCUUACUUCGGCGGUUACCUCUCCUGAGUCUGUUGGCACUUCAAGCACGCCCGGUUCUGGAUUAACGCAAGAAUUUUCCCCAUAUCAUUCCCGCACGUCAUCAUCUUUUUCUUCCACUGAGACGGCUGUAGAACUAGUGACUGAAGAUGAUGCCCGUCAACUCAAAUUCUUGGAUGAUGAAACGAACGUCGAUGAAGACGAUGUGAUCGUAUAUAUCCCUCCUUGCGGCUCCCCGUUGUCUUAAGUGUUAAGUGGGUAUCGUGAAAGUAGCGUCCAGUCAGUACGAAGUAUUUGGUCGAUCGGUUUGAAUCUGUUGCUUGCAAUCAUUGAAUCCUUGUUUGUUGUUGGUCUUUUCUUUUUUUCCUCUUGGCACAUCUCCCCUGCCUAUCAACUGCAUCUUGCACAUCCCUUCGCAAUGUUUCCAUCUUACAAAGUCCAUCCCCUUUUCCCUGUGAUUUUGGUCAUCUUUUGUGAUUCCCAUGGCGAUACGGUUCGCCCCGCUGCUCGAUCAUGUGUAAAAACACUUGGCCGCGCCGCCGUUUGUUCCGAUGACCACCAAU